AUGGUCAAAUUACGUGAAGAACAGAAGGCGGAGCUUAUCCGGCAAGAAAAAGAGCGUCGGCGGAUCGCUCGUCUCCGUCAGGUCCGCCAGCAAACCGCGACGAAUGCAAAAGUGAUUCGAGACGUUGUGAGCCGGAAGAAGACACAAGUCAUCGAAGAAAUCAAAUCUCAGCUACACGAACAAGUGGAAGAUAUGAUGACGGAACAGGAGAGAAGUGAAAUCGAAAAUAAUUUGAGAGCUCGGGCACCACAUUCCAAGCGAAAAACGAUGACGCCGCGCUCAAAGAAAAGAGCCGCCCGUCGUCGAGAAAUGACUGAAACCGACUUGGCACUCGCCGAGAAACGGAAUGCCGACGCGAUGCGACGUCUUCGGAAUCAGAAGAAACAAGAAGUCGAAGAACGAGAGCAACGACUGGCGAAACGGAAAGAGGCGGCGCAGAAGGCCAAUGAGAUUAUGAGAGGAAAUCAGAUUUUAUGA